CCCUGGAGAGAAAAUGGCGGCGGCGGCAGCGGCUUCGGCGCCUCAGCAGCUCUCGGACGAGGAGCUUUUCUCUCAGCUCCGCCGUUACGGCCUGUCUCCCGGCCCGGUGACGGAGAGCACCCGGCCUGUCUACCUCAAGAAGCUGAAGAAGCUUCGAGAGGAGGAGCAGCAGCAGCAGCACCGGUCCGGGGGCCGCGGCAACAAGACGCGGAACAGUAAUAACAAUAACACGGCAGCCGCCUCGGGACCGGCUUCGGCGGCCGUUGGGAUGGGGGUCCGGCCGGUCUCGGGAGACCUCUCCCACUUUCGGACUCCCGGGGGCCUCAGCCGAAUCUCGGCCUCCGGCCCGGAGAGACCCUUGGGAGGGCCCGGGGGCGCCUCGGCCGCCCCCACGGCCGGCAGCAAAGUGCUGCUGGGCUUCAGCUCGGACGAGUCGGACGUGGAGGUCAGUCCGCGGGACCAGGCCGGCGGCGGCGGCGGCGGCGGCGGCGGCGGGAGGAAAGACCGGGCUGCGCUCCAGUACCGCGGGCUCAAACCGCCGGCGGCGUCCCUGGCCGCCAGCGAGGUGACUAACAGCACGGCGGCCGAGCGGAGGAAGCCGCACGCGUGGUGGGGGGCCAGGAGGCCGGCGGCGCCCGAGCCGCAGCCCCCGUCGGGCAGAGACGGAGCGGAGGGAGAAGACCGGGACGACAGGGACCCGGAGGCCGAGGAGCCGCUGUGGGCCAGCCGGACCGUGAACGGCAGCCGGCUUCUCUCCUACAGCUGCCGGGAAAACUACUCGGACUCGGAGGAAGAGCAGGACGUCGACGUGGCCUCCGGCAGACAGGUAUUAAAGGACGACUCCCUGUCCCGGCACCGGCCCAGACGGAGCCACGGCAAGCCUCUCCCUCCGCAGUCUGCUAAAGCGGCGGGCGGCCGGCUGGAGCCCUCGGUUCAGGGAGGGGGAGGAAUCCCGAUGAAUGACAGGGCGGCGGCCGCGGGGAGUCUAGACAGGAGUCGCAACCUCGAAGAGCCCGCGGUGGCGGCGGCGGAGCAGGGAGGAGGGUGUGAUCAACUGGACUCCAGCCCUGUUCCUAGAUACCGUGUGACCGCGAAGAAACUGGCCCCUCUCCUGCCCCCGCCGUUGACUGACAUGGACGCAACCUUGGAUUCGUCUACAGGCUCCCUUCUUAAAACCAACAAUCAUAUCGGCGGUGGGGCCUUCAGUGUGGACUCCCCCAGGAUUUUUUCCAACAGCCUCUCUCCCAGUGCGGCGGUGGCCGCCUCUGGUUCACUCAGGAUCAAUCACUCCAAUCAUACGGGCGCCAAUCAUACCUACCUGAAAAACACAUACAGCAAACCGAAGCUUUCUGAACCCGAGGAAGAACUUCUCCAGCAAUUCAAACGGGAGGAGGUGUCCCCAACCGGGGCUUUCAGCGCCCACUACUUGUCGAUGUUUCUCUUAACUGCUGCCUGCUUAUUUUUCCUAAUAUUGGGACUGACUUACCUAGGAAUGAGAGGGACAAGCGUGUCCGAGGAUAGAGGACUCAGCGGCAUAAAAAACCCCUUUGAUGAAACAUUUGGACAAAUACAAGAAAGUGAAAAAAAUCUUAUGAUGAACACUUUAUACAAGCUUCAUGAUCGAUUGGCACAGCUUGCAGGAGAUCAUGAAUGUGGCAGUUCUAGUCAGAGAACACUUUCUGUUCAAGAGGCAGCUGCAUAUUUAAAAGAUUUAGGUCCUGAAUAUGAAGAUAUAUUUAACAUCUCAUUACAGUGGAUUUUCGAAAAUGGAAAAGAUGUUGGAAUAAGGUGUGUCGGUUAUGGCCCUGAUGAGCAACUGACAAAUGUAACUGAUGUGCAGUUUUUACAAUCCACAAGACCACAGAUGUCUUUUUGGUGUCGUUUCCGACGUGCUUUUGUUACUGUCACCCACAGGUUAUUGUUGUUAUGUUUAGGUGUAGUGAUGGUCUGUGUCGUUCUGCGUUACAUGAAAUAUCGCUGGACAAAAGAGGAAGAGGAAACAAGACAGAUGUAUGAUAUGGUGGUAAAGAUUAUAGAUGUUUUACGAAGUCAUAAUGAAGCUUGCCAGGAAAACAAAGAUUUACAACCUUUCAUGCCCAUUCCACAUGUACGAGAUUCCUUAAUACAGCCUCAUGACAGGAAAACAAUGAAGAAAGUCUGGGAUAGAGCUGUUGACUUCCUUGCUGCUAACGAGUCUAGAGUUCGCACAGAAACACGAAGAAUAGGUGGUGCGGAUUUUCUAGUUUGGCGGUGGAUCCAGCCUUCUGCAUCCUGUGACAAAAUAUUAGUAAUACCUUCUAAAGUAUGGCAAGGUCAAGCAUUUCAUUUAGAUAGAAGAAAUUCACCACCAAAUAGUUUGACACCGUGUCUCAAGAUUCGAAAUAUGUUUGAUCCAGUUAUGGAAAUAGGGGAUCAGUGGCAUUUGGCAAUUCAAGAAGCAAUUUUAGAAAAAUGCAAUGAUAAUGAUGGCAUUGUUCAUAUUGCAGUAGACAAAAAUUCACGUGAGGGUUGUGUAUAUGUUAAAUGUCUGUCUCCAGAAUAUGCUGGGAAAGCUUUUAAGGCAUUGCAUGGCUCUUGGUUUGAUGGGAAAUUGGUUACAGUAAAAUAUUUACGACUAGAUAGAUAUCACCAUCGCUUUCCCCACGCUCUUACUUGCAACACUCCCUUGAAGCCAUCAAAUAAACAUAUGAACUCUAUGUCUCAUCUUCGUCUGCGGACUGGCCUAGCCAAUUCUCAAGGAGGUUCCUGAAAAGACUUUUUCUUCCACCCCUAGGACUGUUAUUUACAAUAGGAAAAUUCCUGUUUGGCUUCCUGUCUUCCUUUUUAAAUGCUUUUUUGUAUGUAA